AUGUCCUUUUCUGCACAUGAGACGCUGGUGUGUUUCUUGAUCCGUGAGCUUCAGAAGGAGCCUCUGCCAGGGUUUUCGCGUGUCAACUUGACACAAGUCCAGGCGGCGGAUCGAGAGUGUCACGUGCAGCUGGCGCGGCUGACUAGGGCGGGCUUCUCCACCCCUGGUCCGGGCAAGCUGCCGCUGGAUGACCAUCUUGCAACAGUGCUACAGAUGGCAUCGAUUCAUUGGAUCCUCAUGCCGACGAGGUCGGCUGGCAAAGGUGCUCAGCCGACGGCUGAGGAUCAUGAGUCGACUGGGGAGGAGACCGGUCCUAGGAAGCGAAAGAAGAAGAAAAAGAAGCCGGUCAAAGAGACCGAUGUGCCUCCGCCUCCACCUCCUCCUGAGGGACAGCCGGAGCGCAAGAAGUUGCGGGGUGUCAUGCCGCAAGGGCUGCGUGGAGGGGUUCCGAGGUCAUUUGUCGUUUUCUUCGUCGGCGAGCUCCCAAACGGACCUUCGCUGCGCUUGCAAUCUUUCAGCGGUGUCUGGAUUGAGUCUCCUGAGGGCAGCGUGCCGGCACCUGACAACCCGUCAAUCAAGGGCCGAUAUUAUCUGGCUGGCACCCCCGUGCGGGACAUGCUCGAGGGCCCGCGAGAUACCACUGAGAGCACCGUCAGGUGUGGCGGGACGCCGGGUGUUAUCGAGCUGUGUGCCACAUGCGACGGGGCUCACGCCCACAAAUCGUGGGGUCUUACCAAGAGCCGGGGGCAGUGGGACUUUCGCACCACGGGCACUGCUGAGUAUCCCAGUGCCUUCUGUAAGGCCGCUGCUUCGGACUUCAUGGAGAUUUGUGCUUCGCGGAACGCCUUUCCUGCCCAAGAGGUCAUGUCGGAGGCUUUUGGAGUGGCGGCCGCUGUCGGGCGACAGCCUCGGGGACAAUCGUUCCAGGCCGGGCCGUCGGAGUUUGGUUCUACGUGUACCAUGCAUGUGCCGGUCAGUGUGUCUGUACCCGACGUGAUUGACGGCCAAGCACCGUGGCCACUGCAAGGCCUGCCUUUGGGGUCUCGACUCCUCAACUCUCGGACAGUGACAGGUGAAGGGGGGGAGGAAGGUGUCCGUGAGGUUAAGUUUGGAAUCUUUCGCACACCAGAUGCUUUCUUGCGUGAAGCUUUAAAGAUGCGCCAUCCUUUCGAUGAACCUUCGACUUCAGACAUGGGCAAUAUUCGUGCUAUGCAGGUCGUCUUGGAGAGGGGUGUGGAAGGCACUAAGACCCUUCGGCAGAAAACCCUUGACUAUUAUCGGCGGAGAGAGAUUGAGCUUCGGUCCGAUGAAGAGGCUCUCAAGGCGACUAUGGAUCCACAGGUGCGGGAGGUGAUGACCGGAAAGAACCUUCUGUUGUUCCAGGAGAUGGCUCGCGAUGCGGGGGUGGAGGACCCUUAUCUCUUUGAGGACCUGAAUCGGGGGUUCCGUUUGAUAGGUUCGCUGCCUCCGUUUGGACAGUUCCCAAAGAAGCUCAAGCCUGCCGUCUUGGACGAAUCGCAGCUGAAAGCCACGGCUCGAUGGUCCAAACACCUUGUCGAGGCAUCGUGCAAGAAAGCGUCUCCAGACUUGGAGGUUGCCAGAGCAGUGUGGGCCGAGACGCUCGAGCAAGUCGAGAAAUCUUGGAUGAAAGGGCCGUUUUCUUGGGCCGAGAUCGAGAAAAAAUAUAAUGGCUGCUGGAUUCCUUCGAAGCGCUUUGGCGUGGCCCAGUCAGACAAGGUGAGGAGUGUAGAUGACCUCUCAGAGUUUCUCAUCAACUCUGCCGUGACGGAGACAGAGAAGAUUACCUUGGAAGGCAUUGAUCAUAUUGUUUCCCUGGCGCGGUUCUUCCUAGGGGCCACGACGGCUGGGGUUGCAACGUUUCGCCUUCCUGCUUCCGAUGGGCAAUGGGUAACUGGGAGGUUGCACUCAGACUGGCGUGGAGGCAAAGCUCGUCUUUUGCGGGGCAGGGCACUGGACUUGAAAGCCGCCUACAAGCAGCUCGCGCGUCACCCUAAGGAUGGUUGGGUCUCGAUCGUGGCUGUGCUCAACCCGGACUCCGGGGAGGUCAGCUACUUUGAGGCAGUGGCUUUGCCUUUUGGUGCGGUGAGCGCGGUCACGGGCUUCAACAGGGCCGCCCGGGCUUUGAGGCGAAUCCUCUCGAUCCUCUUCAGUCUGGCCAUCGAAGAGGUGGUCAUGCAGUGCGUGUCAGAGCGUCGGUGCGAUCGGAAGAGAAUGUUAUCCAUCAAGGGCAAGCUGUUGUUUGCUGCUGGCCAUGUGUUCGGGCGGUGCGCCCAGUUGGCAACGCAACUCAUUUCUCAUCGGGGGAAUGAUCGCCACCCAGGACGUGAGCAAAUGAACGACCUGCUCAAUGCUCUGCGGUUUGCCUUGGAGACUCUUAAGUCCGGUGGACCAAGAUGCGUGGGAGCUUGGUCGCAACAGCCUCCGGUGCUCGUUUUCACGGAUGGUGCGUGCGAGCAGGAGGGCAACCUUGUGACGCAUGGUGCUCUUUUGUUUGAUCCUGUGACAGGACGCAAGGAGGUGUUUGGCGAUCAUGUUCCCAAGUGCUUGGUGGAGAGAUGGAAGGGUGGAGGCAAGAAACAGGUGAUUUUCUUUGCGGAAAUUUUCCCAGUGGUGGUGGCUAAGGCUACUUGGAAGGACGUGGUGCAAGGGCGUCGGGUUCUGUUCUUUCUGGACAACGAAGGAGCCCGGUUCACCUUUAUCCGGUCCUACUCG